ACGGCGUGCAGUGCUCGUGUAAGGAUCUUUAAGCCUGUCAGCAGGCAUUAAAGUACUUUCACACAUUAUAACAUAAAACUUCGGUGAUAACAAAAGUGUACCGUGGAUAUUUAUUUUUAAAUUAAAUAUUUUAAGUUGGAAAUUCAAGUAUUACAUUUUAUAAGCAAGUUUAAAAUGGCAUCAACUUUAAAGAGAUCCACGUUGUUUAUCAGCGGUUAUUAUUUAUUGAAUAACAUAAUGGAGGCCGAAGCUGAAUUGGGCACCGAACAAAUGGCACAGGAGGUGGUUGCUGAACCACUCUUCAGCACAUUUGACCUAAUCCUCCUCGCCAUUUUAAUUUGCAUCGCCACGUGGUAUUUUACCCGAGACAAAAAGAAGCCUGCUGCCACCAGCAAUGGCAAAUCCUAUUCAAUUCAGCCCACAACGAUGACACUGCAAACGUCAACUGAUAAUUCUUUCAUCAAGAAGCUAAAAUCUUCCGGACGUUCGUUGGUUGUUUUCUACGGAAGUCAAACUGGUACCGGAGAGGAAUUUGCUGGACGUUUAGCUAAGGAAGGGAUGAGAUAUCGUAUGAAGGGUAUGGUUGCUGAUCCAGAAGAAUGUGAUAUGGAAGAAUUGGUUAGUCUGAAAACCAUCCCCAACUCACUGGCGGUGUUCUGCCUCGCCACGUACGGCGAAGGAGAUCCCACCGACAAUGCGAUGGAGUUCUACGAAUGGCUGCAAAAUGGCGACGCUGAUCUUACCGGUCUUAAUUACGCCGUUUUCGGCCUGGGAAAUAAAACCUAUGAGCACUACAACGAAGUAGCGACCUAUGUGGAUAAACGCCUGGCUGAUCUCGGAGCGACACGUGUCUACGACCUUGGACUCGGUGACGACGACGCCAAUAUUGAAGAUGAUUUCAUUACCUGGAAGGACAAAUUCUGGCCAGCAGUGUGCGAACACUACGGUAUUGAGUCCACCGGUGAAGAUGUCAGCGUCAGACAGUACCGUCUGCAGGAAUUCAAGGAUGAAGUUCCCGAAAGGCUCUUCACUGGCGAGAUGGCUAGAUUACACUCCAUUCAAAACCAGAGACCACCUUACGAUGCAAAGAAUCCCUUCUUGGCCAAGAUCAAGGUAAACCGUGAGUUGCACAAGGGUGGUGACCGCUCCUGCAUGCACAUCGAGUUAGACAUCGAUGGUUCCAAGAUGCGUUACGACGCUGGCGACCAUCUCGCCAUCUAUCCCAUCAACGACACCGAACAGGUUGAGAAAAUCGGCAAACUCACAAAGACUAAUCUGGACACUAUCUUUACAUUGAUCAACACUGACGAGGAGUCCUCCAAGAAACACCCCUUCCCAUGCCCGUGCACCUACCGCACUGCGCUUACACAUUACUUGGACAUCACCAUGAAUCCACGUACGCACGUCCUGAAGGAACUCAGCGAGUACGCUACUGACCCGAAAGAGAAGGAACUCUUGAAAUCAAUGGCGUCUACUUCGCCCGAAGGCAAGACUAAGUACCAGGAAUGGAUCAUCCACGACAAUCGUAACAUCGUGCAAGUACUAGAAGACCUCCCAUCGUGCAAUCCACCCUUGGACCAUCUCUGCGAGUUGUUGCCACGUCUUCAACCACGAUACUAUUCCAUCUCUUCCAGUCCCAAGUUGUAUCCCACUACGGUGCAUAUUACUGCAGUGCUGGUCGAGUACAAAACACCAACUGGUCGUACCAACAAGGGUGUGACCACUACUUGGUUGAAGGGAAAACAGCCCAGUGGUGAUGAUUGUCCUACUGUACCAAUCUUCAUUCGCAAGUCGCAGUUCCGCCUGCCGACUAAACCACAAACGCCUGUUAUCAUGAUUGGCCCUGGUACCGGAUACGCUCCAUUCCGAGGAUUCAUUCAGGACAGGAAACACACAAGAGACGAGGCGAAACAAGUAGGUGAUACCAUCUUGUACUACGGUUGUCGUAAACGCAGCGAGGAUUUCAUUUACGAAGAGGAGUUGGUUGACUACGAACGCGAGGGCGUUAUCAAAAUGCACGCGGCGUUCAGUCGCGAUCAGGCUGAGAAGGUAUAUGUGACGCAUUUGCUUGCAAAGAAUGAGGACGAAAUUUGGAAGGUAAUCGGAGAGAACAACGGACACGUGUAUAUCUGCGGUGACGCGAAAGCAAUGGCUACCGACGUACGUACCAUCCUCCAAAAUAUCAUCAAGACAAAGGGCCAGAUGACCGAAGAGGCGGCCGUGGCGUACCUCAAAAAGAUGGAGACACAGAAGCGGCUGUCCGCCGACGUCUGGAGCUAGACUAGAGAAGAGCGUGACUAAGAUAAUAUUCAAUUUUACAUCCACCUUUCAAUGAUUCAUCAAUGGUGACAAUUGGCCGCAUGCGCGGCUUUUAACGCGCAUGCGUUGUUCUUCUUUUGUACUAUCCCGUCUAUAGAUAUACCUACAUCUAAGUAAUUGUUAUUAUGUUAUUAUAUGUAAUUAUUGUUUCUUUUUUUGGGGGGCACCUUGAACACUGCGAGAAAAAAACACAUGUUAAAGACAACACUACAAAGGGGCCAAGUAAAAACAAUACAUACAAGGCGUUUAUAUAGAAA